AUGCUAGUUUUGCCGGCGAUUUCGUCGGGAAACAGCAUGCAGAGCCCUAAAUUGCCCGCUGCAAUCUUCGAUUUGCAGCUAUUGGGGGAAAUCGACCUUCGCAUUCGAGGCAUCAGCUGUGUCUAUCAUUCGAGGCAUCAGCUCAGUGCUCACCAUCUGCAGUCUGGUGAACAGAGUCUCCCUCAGUCCCUCUCCAGAUUACAGAUGGAUGGUGCUACUGAAAAUUGUGCUUUGAAUGCGAAUGAUCCUACUGUGCCUUCUAAUCAAAACGGUAAUGGUAAUGGUAAUGGUAAUGGUAAUGGUAAUGGUAAUGGUAAUGGCAAUGGCAAUGUUAAUGGUAAUGGUUCUGGGAAUGAUGCUAAUGGUUCUGGGAAUGUUGAUAAUGGUUCUGGGAAUGAUGCUAAUGGUUCUGGGAAUGAAAAUGUUGAAAUAAUUCUGGCUGAAGAUCGUAAAUUGACUUCUGAUGUCUGGCCACAUUUUGUGAGGGUCAAGUUUAAUGGGGAGAUUAAAGCCAAGUGUAAAUACUGUCGAAAACGUUUAGGUGGUGAUACUAGUAAUGGAACCUCCCACUUGAGGAACCAUUACAAAACUUGCACCCAAAGAAAGAUACAUGAUGGUAGGCAGAGAGUUAUUGGUCCUGAUUAUAAACCAACUGGAAAACCCCUCCUAUCUUGA